AGACAUGAGAGAGGAAGGAAAUCUCGUUUGACCAUUACAAAUCUCUCUCUAAAUUCCCCGGCGGCGGCGCCACACCUCCACCGUCACCGGCAACCCCACAACCACCACCAUUUCCAUCCAAAUUCCAAUCUCUAAAGCCUCCCUAGCCUCAAAAUAAAAAUUCUUAUGAUUGUAACCAAAAUGACAAGAUCCCAUUUCCAUUCACUAUUCUGAAUCCUUAUAAUUUGGGUUGAUUUUGAGAAAGAGAAAAAUUUUUCCCCGGCUCUCGUGUUUGUAUCAAGACCCCAUUUUUCAGCUGAAAUUCGUUAUCUUCCUCUGUUUUGUGAAUUCUUAGUGUUCGGAUAUUUGAUUUUUUAUUAUUAUUUUUUUCUUUCCUCCGGUAGAACAUGGGUGAUAUUGUGAAACAGAUCCUGACUCGGCCUAUACAAAUGGCCGACCAGGUUACUAAGAUCGCAGAUGAAGUGCAAAAUUUCAAACAGGAAUGCCAGGAGCUCAAGACCAAGACGGAGAAGCUCGCCGGCCUUCUUCGUCAGGCAGCGCGUGCCAGCAACGAUCUCUACGAACGUCCGACGCGCAGAAUCAUUGAUGACACAGAACAGGUCCUCGACAAGGCGCUUGCUCUCGUCAUCAAGUGCCGCGCAAACAGCAUCGUGAAGAGAGUCUUCACGAUCAUCCCGGCUGCAGCGUUUAGGAAAUCCGUGUUGCAGCUCGAGAACUCCAUAGGAGAUGUGUCGUGGCUCCUCAGGGUAUCAGCCUCCGCCGAUGAUCGGGUCGAUGAGUAUCUUGGUCUCCCUCCGAUUGCAGCGAACGAGCCCAUAUUGUGUCUUAUAUGGGAACAGGUUGCGAUUCUUCAUACGGGUUCGUUGGAGGAAAGAUCGGAUGCUGCGGCGUCUCUGGUUUCUCUGGCUCGUGACAAUGAUCGAUACGGUAAGCUGAUUAUUGAGGAAGGAGGGGUUCCUCCAUUGUUGAAAUUGGCAAAGGAAAGGGAGAAGGAAGGUCAGGAAAAUGCAGCGAGAGCCAUUGGAUUGCUGGGGAGAGACCCAGAGAGCGUGGAACAUAUUGUAAACGCAGGUGUUUGCACGGUGUUUGCGAAAAUCCUCAAAGAAGGUCACAUGAAGGUUCAGGCUGUCGUGGCUUGGGCGGUGUCGGAAUUGGCCGAACACCACCCCAAAUGUCAAGACCAUUUUUUGAAUAACAACAUAAUCCGAUUUCUCGUCAGCCAUCUUGCUUUCGAGACCGUCCAAGAACACAGUAAGUAUGCAAUUGCCAGCAAGCAAUCGGUGUCUUCCAUUCAUUCUGCUCUAGUGGCUAGCAGUAGUACAUCGGAGCAGAACAACAGAAAGGAGCAUCAUGACGACGAACAAAGUCAAAUUGCUCACCCAACGGGGCACCAAACUUCUAGUCAGAUGAACAAUGUGGUUCAUCAUACAAUGGCUUCGAGAGGGCAAGUUGCCGGAAGUUCGAAUUCAAAGCCCACGCAACCGACACAAGCUCAAAAUCAUGCUAACCAUCCUAAGGGAAAUCACCAGAAUUCAAAGAACCAUCAUCAGCAUUCUCACCAUCCACAUGUUUCGCUAUCCGGGACGAGCAUUAAGGGGAGAGAAUUUGAAGAUCCCGCUACUAAAGCUCAGAUGAAGGAAAUGGCAGCAAGGGCACUAUGGAAACUUUGCAAAGGUAAUCUCAGCAUAUGUCGCAGCAUAACGGAGUCAAGAGCACUUUUGUGCUUUGCAGUUUUGUUAGAGAAGGGCUCUGAUGAAGUCCAGACGUAUUCGGCCAUGGCAUUGAUGGAAAUCACGGAAGUAGCAGAACAGAAUCCUGAUUUGAGGCGUUCUGCUUUCAAGCCUACUUCGCCGGCUGCCAGAGCUGUGGUGGAUCAAUUGCUCAAAGUAAUAGAAAAGGCUGAUUCAGACCUCCUUCUGCCCUGCAUCAAAUCUAUUGGGAACUUAGCAAGAACUUUCCGAGCAACUGAAACUAGGAUCAUUGGACCAUUGGUGAAACUUCUAGAUGAAAGGGAGCCAGAGGUUACCAUGGAGGCCGCAAUUGCACUAAACAAAUUUGCCUGCCCUGAAAAUUUCCUCAAUGUUAAUCACUCAAAAGCUAUUAUCACCGCAGCAGGUGCAAAGCACUUGAUUCAACUGGUUUACUUCGGCGAGCAAAUGGUUCAGCUCCCUUCACUGACCCUCCUAUGUUACAUCGCCCUCAAUGUCCCAGACAGUGAGGCACUUGCACAAGAAGAUGUGCUUAUUGUCCUCGAAUGGUCGUCAAAGCAAGCCCAUCUGAUGGAAGAUCCCACAAUUGAAUCUGUACUACCCGAAGCCAAGAUUAGGUUGGAGCUCUAUCAAUCAAGAAGCUCAAGGGGAUUCCAUUAGCCCUAUCUUCUUCACCCUGUACAAGAUUGUAUAAUGACAAUUUCUUAAAUUUUGUAAGUUUUAACUUAAUUCCGGUGGAAGUAUAUAUAGUUAGCAUUUGCUCUCAUAUCUCUUCCGCUAAUUAUUAUCUAUUUACAACUCUCACUAUUUUCUUGUUUCACAUUCUCCUAGCUCACCCUAGCUACAAUCUUGUAUCAUGAAACUCCUACAUCUGUACUGCUAGUACUGCCAUACACCGUCAAUGUUAGAACACAAGAAUAAAUGAAUGAAUGAAUG